CGACCGUAGCGCAGUGUCAGGCGGAAGUGCUGCACCGUCGGCCCAGAGCUCGACGGGAAAUGUAGUCCCUCGGGGAGGCCCAGGGCGGUGGCCGCUCGUCUCCCGGACCCGGUGGCAGAUCGGGUGUGGACCCGGGAUGGCUGGGACGGGCGGCUCGGGGGGCCCGAUCGGGGCCGGAGCCUUGGCAGGCGCCGCGCGGUCCAAGGUAGCCCCGAGCGUGGACUUUGACCACAGCUGCUCAGACAGUGUCGAGUACCUGACGCUCAACUUCGGGCCUUUUGAGACAGUGCAUCGCUGGAGGCGCCUCCCACCCUGCGACGAGUUUGUGGGAGCUCGGCGCAGCAAGCACACAGUGGUGGCUUAUAAAGAUGCCAUCUAUGUAUUUGGUGGAGACAAUGGGAAGACGAUGCUCAAUGACCUUCUGCGGUUCGAUGUGAAAGACUGCUCCUGGUGCAGGGCCUUCACCACUGGAACCCCACCAGCCCCCCGCUACCACCACUCCGCCGUGGUCUACGGGAGCAGCAUGUUCGUCUUUGGGGGCUACACUGGGGACAUUUAUUCCAAUUCUAACUUGAAGAAUAAAAACGACCUCUUUGAAUACAAGUUUGCAACUGGCCAGUGGACGGAGUGGAAAAUCGAAGGACGGUUGCCGGUUGCUAGAUCAGCCCAUGGUGCCACGGUGUACAGUGAUAAGCUGUGGAUCUUUGCUGGUUACGAUGGCAAUGCCAGGUUGAAUGACAUGUGGACCAUUGGUCUCCAGGACCGGGAGCUCAUGUGCUGGGAGGAGGUGGCCCAGAGCGGCGAGAUCCCACCAUCCUGCUGCAACUUCCCAGUGGCCGUGUGUCGGGACAAGAUGUUUGUGUUCUCAGGGCAGAGUGGAGCCAAGAUUACCAACAAUCUCUUCCAGUUUGAAUUCAAGGACAAGACGUGGACUCGCAUCCCCACUGAGCACCUGCUCCGGGGAUCACCACCACCCCCGCAGCGGCGCUACGGGCACACCAUGGUGGCCUUUGACCGCCACCUCUAUGUGUUUGGGGGCGCGGCAGACAACACACUGCCCAAUGAGUUGCACUGCUAUGACGUGGACUUCCAGACCUGGGAGGUUGUCCAGCCCAGUUCAGACAGCGAGGUUGGCGGGGCCGAGGUGCCAGAGCGGGCAGCUGCUUCUGAGGAGGCGACUGCCCUGGCUUCUGAGGAGCGAGGUGGCUUCAAGAAGUCCCGAGAUGUGUUUGGCCUGGACUUCGGCACCACCACUGCCAAGCAGCCUUCCACGCCUGCCUCAGAGCUGCCCAGUGGGAGGCUCUUCCAUGCAGCUGCUGUGAUCUCGGAUGCCAUGUACAUCUUCGGUGGCACUGUGGACAACAACAUCCGCAGUGGGGAGAUGUACAGGUUCCAGUUCUCCUGUUAUCCCAAGUGCACGCUACAUGAAGACUAUGGGAGGCUGUGGGAGAGCCGCCAGUUCUGCGAUGUGGAAUUUGUGCUAGGCGAGAAGGAAGAGUGUGUGCAGGGCCACGUGGCCAUUGUCACAGCACGAAGCCGCUGGCUUCGCAGGAAGAUCGUGCAGGCACGGGAGCGACUGGCCCAGAAACUGGAGGAGGAGGCAGCUCCGGCUUCUAGGGAGGCCCCUGCUGUGGCUGUAGGCGGGGCCCGACCACCCAUGCUGCAUGUCGCCAUCCGAGAGGCGGAGGCCCGGCCCUUCGAGGUGCUCAUGCAAUUCCUCUACACCGACAAGAUCAAAUACCCGAGAAAAGGCCAUGUGGAGGAUGUGCUGCUCAUCAUGGACGUGUACAAGUUGGCACUGAGCUUCCAGCUAUGCCGCCUAGAGCAGCUGUGUCGGCAGUACAUCGAGGCCUCCGUGGACCUGCAGAACGUGCUGGUCGUGUGUGAGAGCGCUGCCAGGCUACAACUGAGCCAGCUCAAGGAGCACUGCCUGAACUUCGUGGUGAAGGAGUCCCACUUCAACCAGGUAAUCAUGAUGAAGGAGUUCGAGCGCCUCUCGUCCCCACUGAUUGUGGAGAUCGUCCGUCGGAAGCAGCAGCCACCACCCCGUGCCCCCUCAGACCAGCCUGUGGACAUCGGCACAUCUCUGAUCCAGGACAUGAAGGCGUACCUAGAGGGGGCUGGCGCGGAGUUCUGUGACAUCACGCUGCUGCUGGAUGGGCACCCUCGGCCAGCCCACAAGGCCAUCCUGGCUGCCCGCUCCAGCUACUUUGAGGCCAUGUUCCGGUCCUUUAUGCCCGAGGAUGGGCAGGUAAACAUCUCCAUUGGGGAGAUGGUACCUAGCAGGCAAGCCUUCGAAUCUAUGCUGCGCUACAUCUACUAUGGCGAGGUCAACAUGCCACCCGAAGAUUCGCUCUACCUGUUCGCGGCCCCCUACUACUAUGGCUUUUACAACAACCGGCUGCAGGCCUACUGCAAGCAGAACCUGGAGAUGAACGUGACGGUGCAGAACGUGCUGCAGAUCCUGGAGGCAGCUGACAAGACACAGGCGUUGGACAUGAAGCGACACUGCCUGCACAUCAUCGUGCACCAGUUCACCAAGGUCAGGGCUCUCCUGGCCCAGCGUUCGUUGCCCACUCCUCAUAUUCAGGACCCACUCUCCCUUGGCAUCAGCCUUGGUCUCCAAGCUACCCACGCUGCGAUCACUGAGCCAGCAGCUGCUGCUUGACAUCAUAGACUCCCUGGCCUCUCACAUCUCCGACAAGCAGUGUGCAGAGUUGGGCGCUGACAUCUAAAGGCCAGGCAGUGCCAGCCCAUGCGUGGAGAAUGACCAUGCCUGCCCUGCCCCCCGUAAAGACUCUGCUGCCUACCCUCAGGCCUGUGACGGAGUGGUCAGACCUGCUGGCUGAGGGGCAGGGUGCUGAGCCUCAGAAGGAGCUGAGGGGAUAUCAGAAGUACAUCGAGGCCUCCAUGGCCCUGCAGAACAUGCUGGUCGUGGGGAGCUCCAAAUGCUCCAUUUUACGGUUAAAGACACAGCCCACAGAAAGUGGACGGUGAAGCAGAACCCCUGGCUAGCACUCUCUUCUGGGGUGGAGGGCUGGUGGAAAUCUAGAGUUCAGUGAAGAGGACCCAGCAGGAGGCAGAGGUCCUGGCUAGCGCCCCAGUGGUGGGAAAAGCCCACCAGGGAACAGGCUUUGGGCCCCCCGCCCGGCAGAGACCCAGCGUGGCUUGUGGGUCUGGCCACUGUGACAUGUUGCAAAGGAUUCUCUAAUGUGGGGGCCACACAGUAUUCACUCACCCUUGUGAAGAUCCAUGUAAGGGACCCCUCCUGUCACCUGGAGCUUGCAGUGGACAAUAGUGAUGGGCAAAUGGAGUCUGACUCAAUAUGAAUUUUGGUGCCCUUCAAGAUGAAUUUUUGGGUGUGAAGGGCUCUGAGGUUAGCUCCCAGCUCACAGGGUCAAUCACUUUGGACUACGCCUGGAUUCCAGAGGGGCUGCAGGAUCACAUGUGCCUGUAUGAAUCUUGGGGCUCUGGGGCUGUGCCAAGGAGAAGGCAGCAAAGAUGUCUCCCAGGUCCCUGUCUGUCCCUAUUUAUUGUCAUAGACAUGUCUCUAUUAAAGCUAUUGCAGUGGUAGCUACUACA